AUGGCCCGCCGCAAGUCGUCCAACACGUUUGCCCGCGUCGGGCUGCCGUUCGUCAUCUUUGUCGUCGGCGGCUUCGCUGGCCUCCAGAACUUUGUCGGCGGCAAGUUUGAGCGCCGCGACAUGAUGGUCAAGAGCCAAAGCGAGCGCGCCUUCAACCUCGACGAAGAGCACCGGAAAAUCAUGCACAAGCUCAAGACCGACGACUUUGAGAUCAAGCGCAUUCCCAAUCCCGGCGAAGACCCGCGCAACGUCUGA